AUGUCGCAACCUCAAUUGCGCAAGCCACAUGGCUCCAUACCUGGGUAUCGACCAGGUCCCAUCCUAAGCCGCAAUCACAAAAUACUCCUCUGGAGCCUUCUCAUCGCACCUGGCGUAGCGUACGGAUUUCUGAAACUUCGGCAACAGGGUCGGAAAGAACAGGAAAAGUCGCUCGAGGCAGAAGGCAGAGCAAUGUUCGAGCAGAAAUAUGGGAGAAGAGCAGGUCAGGAAGUCAAAACCAGACCAGGUCUUCUGACUUGGUACGACGCGACCACGGUCCUUUGCUGUUUGGAAGUCUCUGCUAUGGCGCUGGCCAAGUAUCCAAGAAGAGGUAGAGGCACUAAAGACGUCGAUCACGAUCUCCCGACCACUUUCAUUACGUUCCUUCGAACAGUACCCGAGCUUCUCGAAGCUCGCAGGGAGAGAUAG